AUGGCACACCUUAUGUUACUUGUCUUUUACAUUUUGAUCAGUAUUAUCUCCCUUCCAUUCCCUGGGGAUGCCAUUUCUAAUUGCAAUGGUCCAUGUAACACCCUAAAUGAUUGCGCCGGUCAGCUAAUCUGCAUUAACGGAAAGUGCAACGAUGACCCUGACGUCGGAACCCAUAUAUGUAGUAGCGGAGGACCCCCUUCCCCUUCUAACAAUUGUAUGCCCUACGGCACUCUUAUGUGCCAGGGCAAACGCUACCCUACUUAUUCUUGCUCCCCUCCGAUCUCCGCAUCCACACCGGCCAAACUUACCCUAAAUGAUUUCAGUCAAGGAGGGGAUGGUGGGGGUCCAUCGGAAUGCGACGAUCAAUUCCAUAGCAACACGGAACGCAUUGUUGCGUUGUCCACCGGAUGGUUUGCUAGAAAAUCACGGUGUCUUAAGAUGAUACGUAUUCAGGCUAGUAAUGGGAGAAGCGUGAUAGCAAAGGUGGUGGACGAGUGUGACUCGACUCGUGGUUGUGAUGAGGAGCAUGCAGGUCAGCCACCAUGCCCUAACAACAUUGUUGAUGGAUCAGAUGCUGUGUGGAAAGCUUUAGGCCUGAAUCAGGACUUGGGUGUAGUGGACGUUACUUGGUCCAUGGCCUAG